CAACCAUGUCGUUUGUUUGUUUCUAGCGACCGUAUUGUUGAAGGUGUCAUUCGAUAAGCAACUCCCAGGCUUUUAGUUUCAUCACAUCAACUGUCAUGCAACGAUUCCGCUUCAGCCCUGUCUUGGGUCAGCUAGGGGAUUCUGAAUCCGCGGUUAGCCGUGGUUUUGACCCACAAGCAGAGUGGGGGAGAAAACAAAGACAGUCUAAAGGUUAUGAAGAUGCAAUCUCCAGAGCAACAGUUGAAUUUAAUGAAUCGGAGUACGAUCAGCUAUCUGUGACAAGUCAAUUGACACAAAGUUCAUCCUUUCUAAAAGGUCUCCGUGAAACUUUUAGAAACAACAGCGGGAAUUUUGAAACCUUGGGUAAUGAUGGACCCCAAACCUCUACACCAAAAGCAGGGCGCGCCUCCCCUAAACCAUACUACGUAGACUCUCUGGGAGACAGUGGGUUUGUUGCAAUGCAGAAUCAAGGCAAGAAGUCUGAGAAACCUCCACCGGACGAAAAAGAUGAGGUCAUAGUGAAUAGAAUGGCGGCCUAUCAAGGCGGUAAUGAAAGAGAUGGCGACAAUAAAGCACUGAAGAAUGUGAGGUCCAACGCUUCACGCCUUGCCAACCUCACCCAGUCGCAGGGUCGCCUACUCAUCCUCAACGAGAACCUCACCCUACGAUCACUAACGUCGGAUGAUGAUCUGACCGAGCUGAUACGAAUGUGUGGCGACGCUCAGCAUGGGAAUCUAAAUUACACAAUGGAGGACAUUCUUAAAAGUUUCGGUCGCCUGCCAGUGGACAAACUCCACCACUACGCCCUGUUAGGGGAGUACCUCCGAUCCCUCCACGUCGAAAACAAAAUGGUGGAUGUGCUGAUCCACGUCAGUGGACAAACAUUUGCUGCUCACAGAGUAGCCUUGGCAUGCCAUAGUAGAUACUUCGCGGAUAUAUUCAUGAAACAUACUGAAAAAGUCAAGCUGCCAGUGGAGGUAAAUCUGCCUGGCGUUAAUCCAUAUGCCUUCCAGGCAUUCCUGAGAUAUAUCUACACAGGGCAGAUGGUUGUCUCACCUGAGAACGUCGCCGACCUAAUGGCGGUAGGGAACAGAUUCUACAUUCAAGAAAUUUUGCAGAUAUGUUCAGAGUUCGUUCAAUGUAUAAACAGCGACCAGGCAGUGUACAUCCUAUCCAACCAAACCAUCGCCCGUGAUUCUAUUCUGUUCAAGCACGCCUACAUACUUGUGUUGGAGAACUUCUGCGAUGUGUUCGAUGUUGAGCAGUUUCUAAACUUUACCCUCGAUCUGGUGUGUAUGCUACUGAGCGAUAACUACCUAUACGUUCACACCGAGAUGGACGUGUUCUGGGCGGGACUUAAAUGGAUCGCUUUCCACAUCACGGAAAGACACAACCAUCUCCUCAAAGUGAUGAAUUGCGUCCGUUUCGGUCUAAUGUCACAGAGUGAACUCUUCCAGUGCUUCGAGGUCACAGACAUGCUCCGGAAGUCAGAAAGCUGUCGGGAAAUGUUAAUGGCUGCAAGCUGGACUAUUACAGCAGGUGAACUAGGUCGGCCUGACCCGCUUCAGCUGCCCAAACCUAGAGCUCGAAUGUGCAUGAAGGACAACUAUGUGCCACAGUCUCACGAAACCUUCAAGAGCAUUAUGGAAGAUGAAACAUCAGACGACUUCGCUCAGAUGCCCUCUAUUGAGGAGACCCGACAGGACAUCAUGCCUGCCAAAAUGCCUCAAGCGAUCCAAGCAGACAACCUGUCGAUAGCAUCACAGCCGUCGCCCCGGCCCGGGGACAUCCUAGCCAUUGGGGGGUUCCACAAGGGCGUCAAGGAAGUUCAAGCCAAGGACAUUGAGCGCUACAGCACGACGGAGAACCAGUGGAAGUACUACACGGGCCUACCGGAAGCCAGGCAGCACCACGCCGUCGCCAUGUUAUUCGGAAAACUCUAUCUAAUUGGUGGCAGUGACACUAAGAAGUCCAAGAAGAUCCCUAUUCCAACCAAUACGUGCUACGCGUUCGACCCUUCCAGUGGAGAGUGGUCAAAGAUAGCGCCUCUGAAAACCCCCCGGAUGUACCACUCUGCCCUUUCGUUGUUCGGCAUGUUGUAUGCUAUUGGUGGACAGACUGAUAAGAACAGAGUACUGUCUUCGGUGGAGUGCUACAACCCUAAAAUUGACACAUGGCACACCACUACGGACAUGAGCGUACCCAGGUGUGGAUUCGGAGCCUGCAUCUCUGACGGUCGAAUCUACGUGGCCGGAGGACUAGGACCCCCUGAAGAUAAACGCUCCAACAUGCCGGUCCUUAGGAUAUUUGAGUGUUUUGAUCCCAAGUCGAACAAGUGGAUAGCGUUGUCUUCCCUGGGUCGAGGUAGCUGCUACUGUAACCUGGUAUGUGUAGGUCAGUACCUGUACCUUUGUGGAGGAGCUACAAAGGCCAACACCAAAGACUCCCUGCAGAGUAUCGCCAGUAUGAUGUGCUACAACAUUGAAACGGACCGCUGGAGGUACAAGACCGACUUCAUCAAGCCGAGGCACAACGCUGGCGCCGCCGUCAUCGGAAGCAAGAUCUACCUCAUCGGUGGCAUGUCAACAAUAGAUGACAAACCACUGCAGUCCAUUGAGUGCUAUGAUGCCCGCACGGAAUGCUGGGAUACUUCCAUCCAAGACCUCCCAUAUCCGGCCAAGUGGCUGGGAUGCGUGGCUCUCCCGGUUUCCAAAUGAGACAAAAGGAGUUUGCAAUUCAACCUUGAAGUCAUGAAGUAGAACAAUUAGUUUCAGGAUCUGGAUAAGUUGUAGCUUUGAGUGUAUUUCUUUAAAAAGAAAUUACAUUAAAAUAAAAAAAGGAUAUAAUUAGUUGAAACGAUUAGCUAAACUUAGGACAGGGGUUAUUAUGUUUACCGGUAAUUCUUCUCAACAAUCUUUGUGACACUGUUCAGUGUAUUGGUGUAUAUUCUAUCCCUCUUGGAAAGGAUUCGUAAUAUUAAUUUCACAGAGCUAUCUAUCCUUCUAUAAUGACCACGGUGAUGAGCGUUUAUGUACUAUCUGAUUAUUUCUUCUUGUUUUGUUUUCAAGUUAAACAUGUUAUUGGCAUGUUUCAGUACCCAGCAACUGAUUCAUUUCGGCUAUCUUUCUUUUGUCCAUAGGCUCAAAAAUAGCUUGGCAAUGGUAGGGACGUAUUUGAUUUGUUUGAGUACUGAAAUUAGGUAUUAUUACGUUGUGUUAGGUAUUUUCCCGUUUCCACAUGCAUGAUCACAGUUUUGAUUCUCAUUUGUUUGCAAACUAAUAUUCCUUUAACGCUAUUCAAAGUUCCCCGCCUUACUUUCCGACUUGUGAUAUUGUGGAGCUUGAAAUGUGUUUAUCAAUUGCGUUCAACUUCACGUGAUCAAAAAUGUUUUUUGCUACACUAAAUGAUUCGUUAUUUGAGGGUUUCCAUCUGCGUUCGCGAGUGUGUUUGUGUGUCUAACUGGAGAGUUGCUUAUAUGUGUGUCAGGGAUCAAAUAUGACAUUUCUUUCGUAUUGUGUUGAAAGAUUAUAAAUAUGGCUGUGAGUGUAAGAGUGGAUUUUGAAAUGACUUUUCCCCCAGUAUCACGAUUCUGAAGAACGGCGAACAAAUAUACAUCUUUUGUACACCUAAAAAUUUACGCUUGUGAUCUUUGUUCAGGGAUGCCAACAGUAAUGUAAUAGUCCUGGCAACGCAUGUUUUAUUUUCAAAGAACACACCUAUAUUAAUUCGCCACUAAGACCCCGUUUCACAAGACAAUAAUAGUGCUGCGAUACCAUUCCAAUGUUAAAAUAUGGGAGUCAUUGUAUGAAGUUGUGAUAUGAUUGUCGUCUUUUCCGAUCCAUUUUCUUUGUGAUUUCUGUUUUUAUACAUACAGUCUGUUGACUUGUAUUGUAUAUUUUAUACAGUCUUUUGAUUUGUAUUGUAUAUUUUACAGACUAUAUUUUACAACAUUUUAAACAUUUUGUAUAUUUUUGAAAAAUAAAGGCUUCCACAGGA